UUAAUAUUAUUUAUCUGAGCCAAAUAAUUAUAUUAAGCAGUUUUUGUGUUCCGAAACAAACAACAAGAUGAAUCAAUCUCAGGAUGCUAGCUUCCAAGCUGGUCAGGCCAAGGGCCAAGCUCAGGAAAAGGCAGGCCAGAUGGUGGAUCAGGCUAGCAAUGCUGCUCAGUCUGCGAAGGAAUCAUCCCAAGAGGCUGGUCAGCAAAUGCAGGCAAAAGCAGAGGCAGCUGCUGAUGCUGUUAAGGACAAAGUUGGAGCAAACAAUUGAGAGAAUUUUAUUUAUUUAUUUAUUUAUUUAAUUUUGCAGUUGGUGCUGCCUAAAAUUUGUGUGUUUCCAAUUCCAAUUGUUGUUGCUCUUUACAAAGGGCUGCUUGCUUGCGUGCUUGCUUCCUGACUUUCCUUCUAUUAAGAAGGGACAGUUUUUGUGAUGUAGCAAUUAAACAAGGUUCCUUUUCUUGCAAUUUCUUUCUGUAUUAAUUGCUCUUUUCCCUUUA